GGCGGGGCGGGGCGACGGGAUUUUGUCGACAGCAGAUUUUUUUUCUGUCGUGUGCUCUCUGUCUCAAAGUAUCAAGCCAGCAUGCCUCAAGCAUGACAGUAAACUGGUUUAGCUGGGUGGUGGGGGACAAAGGCAAUGUAACCAAAAAACUUCCAGCAGGUCCCACCUGGCCACGGAGCGCGACAUAGCUGUGAGGAGAAAACACGGCGAGGAAGGGAAGAUGACCGGCGGAAAGUUGAACCGAAGCGAAGCUUGACGAGCAAACAUCAGCGGGCAGAUCUAGAGAUAAAGGCGAUAUCUCUGAGCACAAUGAUCUCUGCUCAGUGACAUGUGCAGGAUGGCGCGUCGUUCUCAGUGCUCCUCGGCUGGGGAUAACCCCCUUGACCCCAACUACCUCCCUCCCCACUAUCGGGAAGAGUACCGCUUGGCUAUUGAUGCGCUGGUUGAAGAGGAUUUGGAAGGCUACUAUCAGUUCCUCCAAAAAGCAGAUGUUGUAGAUUUUUUAUCAACAUCUGAAAUUCAGUACAUUCAGAGCUCUGUUCAGGUUCCCAGGCAGAGCAACGAGCCUGAGCAGCCUUUUCUAGAGACUGGGGCAGAUGGUUCUUCUGGUACUUACUGGCCCCUUCACUCUGACCUGGAUGUGCCCGGUUUGGACCUUGGCUGGCCUCAGCUGAAUCCUUUCCUCGGACCCACAGAGGUCACCACUCUGAUUAACCCCCCUGAGCCGGACAUGCCGAGCAUCAAGGAGCAGGCCCGACGACUUAUCAAGAACGCUCAACAGGUCAUUGCCAUAGUGAUGGACAUGUUUACUGAUGUUGACAUGUUUGCGGAUAUCCUCAAUGCUGCCAUGAGAAAUGUUGCUGUCUACAUCCUGCUCGAUGAGCAGAAUGCACAUCACUUUAUAAACAUGGCGUCCAACUGUAGAGUAGAUCUGCAGAGCAUUCAAAGUUUAUGUGUGAGAACAGUGUCUGGCAGCACGUAUCAAUGCCGCUCAGGGAAAUCCUUCAAAGGUCAGGUGAUGGAUCGCUUCUUGCUGACUGAUUGCAGGGCUGUGCUGAGUGGGAAUUACAGCUUCAUGUGGUCUUUUGAGAAGCUGCACCGCUGCAUGGCACACCUGUUCCUCGGACAGCUUGUGACGACAUUUGAUGAGGAGUUUCGGAUUCUGUUUGCUCAGUCACAGCCGCUGGUGACUGAAAAUGCACUCGCUCCAAUGGAGGAUUUAAGCAUUUUGUAUAAGAGACAGUACCCAAAUACAAGAACUUCACUGUACAGAGAGCCUAAAAAGUGGACAUCACCACUGGACAUCAGUCAUUCUGAUGAGUGGGCAAGACAUUCCAGUGAUGAGCGAAUGGAUGCUGACUGGAGGGUGAUGGCUCUUAAAAGGCAGGAAUCUCUUCGCGGCCCUGCAGAGAUGUACGGUAAAUAUGCACCACAGCAGUCUCGCUUGGAUCCUUGUUUUGAUCCGGGCCUCUCCAGGAUUGCCAUGAUGGAUAAUCCCGCCUAUAAACGGCAUUCUUAUGCCGAAGGUGUCCAGGGUAGAUACUCCCUCCCAUUCCUGCAGCAACAGGGAAUGCCAGACUUCGAACCCCAAGGAAAGCCUUUUCAAAGGGGGCAAGGGACAGAUUACAGCGGCUACGACAAGUUCUGGAAUCAAGACUAUUAUUCAGCAGACCAAUACUCUGAGCCAGGUUUAACACAGGAUGUGCAACCACCUGAUAACUUUGACCCUGUUUUUAACUAUUUAUCAUCUACCAGAAAACUGGACUUUGAUCAGAGCUCAGAGAAAUUACAACCUGCCGCAGAUUUACCGUUUAGUUCAUCCUACCCCACAAGACUAAAUGUAGCCCAGCCAUAUGUCUGUCAGACCUCCCCACCCCCUUCAAGCUCAGCUGAUCAGAAACAGUUUUUCCUAGAUCCUACCACUGAUCGCAAAGAUCCUAUGGUGAAACGGGGGUUGAGAGACUGGAGGAUUAGCUCAUUCCUCAGUGCAUAUGAAGCUCCUGCAGAAGAAGGGCUGCCAUUGGCACCACCUCAGGCACCAGAUCCUCAGGCACCGAAUCCCAUACAGCAAACUGCACCAGCCAUAGAUUUUGUUGUUCCCAAAAUACCCAAUGUUCGAGAGUUCAAAGUUCCUGCAAUACCCAGGGCAAGCCAGAUGCCAAGUUAUGCCAAAACCACCACUCUGGAGCAGCCAAAGAAAUCGCAGGACGAACCGCCUACAGUAGCAUCAGAAACCAAGACAACACAGAGACCCUGUGAAACAUUUUCUAAAACUGAAGGAGAAAAGAUGGAGGAAGCAGAACCAAAAGAACCAAAAACCAGUGUGCUUCGAAGGGAUGACUCUUUCAAAAGGAAUUACAGUGCUGCAGUGCAAAGGAGCUCCAGGUUGAGAUCUUCUCUCAUUUUCAGCUCUCUGGAUCAGUCACAGACUUCUCAAGAAACCACUUCCACUGAUCAAAGUGAUGAGCAAAGUGAAAAAAAUGAAACUGAACUGACGAAACUCCCCUUUGUCUCUCGUGCUUUGGGGCAAAGAAGGUCUGCUGCAAGAGAACCUUUUGAAUGGAGUCAGUCAAUUAAGUCAAGCACUUUUGAUAACUCAUCUAUGGAAACUUCUAAAGCAGAUGAUAAAGAGUCAUCAAAGGAGGAACAUUCAGAAGAUAUUUCAGAAAACCCUGAGGCCCAAGAGCCAUUAAAACUGCCUGAUAUGAAGCCAGAUAAUAUUUCACCAUCAGCUGCUCAGUCUAAACCCUCUGAAGCUGAGCUGCCCAAAACUGAUCAACCAGUACAACCACCUAAACCUUUACUGACAAGCGCAUUUUAUGUAGAUAUGAAUGAUCCAGAUCAGAGGCUCAUGUUUUUCAAAGAGUUGGCUGCAAAACGCAGAGCUGCUAAAGCUACAGAAGAUGAAAAGAGAAAAGAGAAGGCACCGAUGAAACCACCACCUGAUCUUAAAAGCAAUUCUACUUCCCAGAAAGAAAAACCUGCUCCAAACGAAACUUCAGAAAGCUUUGCUUCAGUGUCUGAGGGAUUAUUAGUAAAAAAUGCUGCUGCACAGAGUCCAACAGAGAUGACAUCCACAGAAGCGCGUGAGUCAGCUGCUCUGUCUUUAGACACAAAUGACAUUGCCGACAAGGACAGUGUUGCCACUGGUGAUUCCAAAACUCCCCAAAGCUGCAGUGCACAAGAAGCCAAAGAUCCAGCUGAUUCAGAGAUGAUAGAGUCGGACAAUGAGUCAGUAGCAAGACUUCCUGUUUCUGCAGAACGAAAGCUCUCUUGGAGUAAAUCACCAAAUGACACAGCACUGUCUGUAUCUCCUGUCACAGAGAGUAUUAAUCCACCUACACCAACAAAUGCUACUCCGACUAAUGUCUCAUCUGUUGCACAAGAUAUUGAUGAAAGAGAAAGCCCAGGACUUAGUUCUACCUCAGAGGCGUCAAUUUCAGUCUGUUCCAGGUCGGUGGAGGUUCCACCAUCUUUCGUGUUGGAUAUUUACCCUCAAAAUCCUACAUCAGUACAGUUAGAGCCCAGCAUCUACACUUCUCCGGUGCCAUCUGGACCAGACGAUGGAUCAGGAUUAAGCUCCAACCUAGUAGAGCAAAGCUGGUCUCAACAUUCUCUGCAACAUUCUGGUACACAGAUCAUUCCUUCCACCACAGCAGAGGUAUCAUUCUCUAACACUAUCUCAGGAGAUUCCGGCUCAACCCAUUCUCCCAGUAAAUUUUCCCUAAACAUUGACAACAUUGAAGCUCAGGACUCUGUCAGCACCUUACUGCAAGAGUCCCCCCUAUCAGCUGAAGAAACUUCACAAAAAUCCGACGAUGAUCUGAGCAACCUAACUGGUCUAGACUUUGUUCCCCAGUUGCAGAUCUGUGAGACCCCCCCAGAAGCUGACGCUACUCAUUUGGAAUCUAAGAUUUUUCCUGACACAAAUGGUGCGGGUCCAGAGCCAAAAGCAUCCUUAUCACAGUCCACCACAGAGACAAGCUGUGAAGAGUUUUCUGCAACAUAUUCAGUAGAAGCAUCAGAGAAAAAUGUUUCUGAAUCAGAAAAAGAUGGUUCUGGAUUACCUGCUGUAGAGGAGUGUGACACUCUUGGACCAUCUAAGGAUAUUAUGGCUGAUAGCACAUCUCCCAAGCUUAACCUUGCUCCACCUGAGUCAGGUUUACUUAUAUCUGGUCCAGAAAGUUCAAUCUCUGAAGCUUCUUUACAAGAGGCUAUUACUGUUAUAACUACCCCUGCAGAAACUCCACCUAAACCUUUGGAUUCAGAAACAAGCUCAAAUGUCAGUUCAGAUGUUACUCCAAAUACAUCCCUGUCAGGAACAACUCCUCAAGACACACCAAUCCAAGCUACCCCUCCACACCACCUCAACCUGACAGACUCUGAUGCACCUGCAGCAACAGUCUCUAUAACUCCUCUGACUGAGUCAGAAAAAUCACUUUUGUCCCCUGAAAUUGAAAAGACAGAAACUGACAUGUGUGCAGCAGUCAGUGUCUCAGAUCAAACUUUCAUUUCCAGCCAAACGGAGCAAGAAUCAGAUGAAUCUCUAGUUUACCCAUCAACACAAUCACCAAGCAUCCCAACUGAUUCUGCCUCAAAAGCACCAGCAGAGCUUGAUUUGCCAUGCAAAACUUUAACAUGUGAAAGCCAGGCAUCAGAGACACCUGUGCCGACAGGAAGUAGUAUCAUAGAGCCUGAAUUAGUGGUCACUGGUGAGAAAAAAUCUGAUAAUCUGGAGGACAUAAAUAAAAGCAAUAAAGUAAGCACCGAAGAAUCUGUUAGCUGUGAAAAAAUAAAUGACCAGGUCAAGCCAAGUAACUGCUCCGAACACACAGAGAUACCAUUCAAACAGCCGAAAUCAAGCCAGUCUCGCUACCACUCCUCCACGGCCAACGUGCUCUCAAGCAGCAACCUCCGAGACGACACGAAGCUGCUUCUAGAGCAGAUUUCUGCCAACUGUCAAAACCGGAGUGAGGCCGCUAAAGAGUCUCCUGUCACUGAUGACGAGAAAGAAGACGAAGCUGACAAAAACGCCAAAAAAGAGCAACAAAGAGGGUUCAGGACACUUAGCAGGGGGCCGCCUAAGUCGACUCAGGACCGUGAGAAGCUGCUGGAAAGGAUCCAGAGCAUGAGGAAGGAGAGGAAAGUUUACAGCCGUUUUGAGAUGGCGCCUUAGAUGUGAUUAAGAGACAAUCAAGAGGAUAAAGCGUAUGUUGCAAGAACUGACACCUCUACAGUGUUUAAAAUGACAUUUUCUUACGUUUUCAAGGGAGUUCUCUGCAAACAAAGUUUAUUAUGUUCAGAAGAGUUGGGAGAAGUGUCAGAUUCACUGAACUUUACAGGGUAAAAGUACCAUCAGUAAAAAGAAAAGUAUGCAAAGCUGUUCCAGUCACGUGUGUGAUGUUCAACAAAGGACCUCCAUCUCGUCGUAUCAUCAAGUGUGAACGUGUGAACCACAACGUGGACGAUGUGUUUGAUCAGACAUGUUUUACUGACUGUAUGGGUGAAGUGCAAUGAGUUCAGCAGGUCAUUUAUGUGUCUUUGCUUUUUUUUUAUCACAGCACUGACAACAAUGGCUGCGGUUGUAAGACAUGUUCAAGCGUAAAAGAAAACCUGAAGGUGUCAAGAGUUUUAAAAAUGGUAAAUUACUGUAGUUCUCUCGUUUUUCACAGCCACAUUAAACAAGAUGCUGAUAGGUUCAUGUAUAUUUGUGAAACAAGUGGAUGUUAAAAUGGCAUCCUUAAAAAUAACUCAGCAAUGAUUUUAUAAUCUUUAAAAAUUGAAUUGAUACAAAUAAAAAGAAGAAACUAGGGGUUGAAUCAAGACAGUGACUUAGACAUUAUGUACCAACAGAAUUAAUAACUUUAAUUAUACAGUAAGAUUUUAUAGGAGUUCAUUUUGAUUGGAUUAAAGGCAACUCAGAGCAACAUAGUUCAUAUUUUUUCAAUGCGAAUCAAAGCUUAAAUUGGUAUGUUUGUCAUUUGCUUCUUGUGAUUUCCUGAUUCUGUAAAUUUGAAAUGAAAACUGACCUUGCACAGUAAAACCAAUACAAAUCUGUACAUAAAGACCUCUAAAGCUGUGCUGUAAAGUCAUUGUUUUUACAGAUUUAUGAUAAUUUCCCUUAUUGACACUUGCUAUUUGUAAAUAAACUUUUUUAAAAUA